GGAGGGCGCCGGCGGCGGGGAGGCCGGGCCGGCCAGGCGGCCGGCGAGCGCGCGCGCGCGCCUGGAGAAACUUUCCGCGCCCGCGGCCCCGGGAGGCGCGGGGCUGCCCCGCCGGCCAGCGCGCUGUUGCGGCCCCGAAACUUCUGCGCGCCGCCCCAACUCAGCGCACGCCCAGGCACCGGCUGCUCUUCUAUGACCGCAAAGAUGGAAACGACCUUCUACGACGAUGCCCUCAACGCCUCGUUCCUGCCGUCCGAGAGCGGCGCCUACGGCUACAGUAACCCCAAGAUCCUGAAGCAGAGCAUGACCCUGAACCUGGCCGACCCGGUGGGCAGCCUCAAGCCGCACCUCCGCGCCAAGAACUCGGACCUGCUCACCUCGCCCGACGUGGGGCUGCUCAAGCUGGCGUCGCCCGAGCUCGAGCGCCUGAUCAUCCAGUCCAGCAACGGGCACAUCACCACCACGCCGACCCCCACGCAGUUCCUGUGCCCCAAGAACGUGACGGACGAGCAGGAGGGCUUCGCCGAGGGCUUCGUGCGCGCCCUGGCCGAGCUGCACAGCCAGAACACGCUGCCCAGCGUCACGUCGGCGGCGCAGCCGGUCAGCGGCGCGGGCCUGGUGGCGCCCGCCGUGGCCUCGGUGGCGGGCGGCGGCGGCGGCGGCGGCGGCGGCGGCGGCUUCGGCGCGGGCCUGCACAGCGAGCCGCCGGUCUACGCCAACCUCAGCAACUUCAACCCGGGCGCGCUGGGCGGCGGCGGCGGGGGCAGCGGCGGCGGCGGCGGGGCGCCCUCGUACGGCGCGCCCGGGCUGGCCUUUCCCGCGCAGCCCCAGCCGCCGCCGCCGCCGCCGCCGCAGCCGCCGCACCACCUGUCCCAGCAGCUCCCCGUGCAGCACCCGCGGCUGCAGGCCCUGAAGGAGGAGCCGCAGACGGUGCCCGAGAUGCCCGGCGAGACGCCGCCCCUGUCCCCGAUCGACAUGGAGUCCCAGGAGCGCAUCAAGGCGGAGAGGAAGCGCAUGAGGAACCGCAUCGCCGCCUCCAAGUGCCGGAAAAGGAAGCUGGAGCGCAUCGCGCGGCUGGAGGAAAAAGUGAAAACCUUGAAAGCGCAGAACUCGGAGCUGGCGUCCACCGCCAACAUGCUCCGCGAGCAGGUGGCCCAGCUCAAGCAGAAAGUCAUGAACCACGUUAACAGCGGGUGCCAGCUCAUGCUCACGCAGCAGUUGCAGACGUUCUGAGGGCGCGGGACGGUCGGGGGCUGCGGGGCACUGGAGGAGGAGAAAAAAAUUUUAAAAAAAAAUACACUGAUGACGCGGAGAGAGAACUGGCUUAGGGAGGACUUGACCCGGUGGAGCGCGCGAGGAAAGAAGGGUCGGAGGACUCCAGCCUCCAGCCGGAGGGGUCGGAGUUGGACUGGGCUGCGUCCUGACGGCGCCCUCAGUGUGCACGAGUGGGAAGGACUUGGCGGGCCCUCCCUUGGCGCGGAGCCCGGGAGCGGCAGCCCGCGGGCGGUCCCGCUUUGCGAACGGGCUGUCCCCGCACGGACGGAGCGGCAGACUUUUCGUUAACGUUGACCAAGAACUGCAUGGACCUAACAUUCGAUCUCAUUCAGUAUUAAAGGGGGUGGGGGGGCGGGGGAGGGUUGCAAGCUGCAAUAGAGACUGUAGAUUGCUUCGGUAGUGCGCCUUAAGAACACAAAGGGGGGUGGGGGAGGGGAGGCGGGAGGGAGGGAGGUGCGGAGAGCCCAGGCCCAGCCUGCAGACGAACUCUUUUUCUGGCCUGCCUGCCCUAACUGUGUCUGUACAUAUAUAUAAAUAUAUAUAUAUAUUUUAAUUUGAUGAAAGCUGGUCACUGUCAAAUAAACAGCUUCAUGCCUUUGUAAGUUAUUUCAUGUUUGUUUGUUUGGGUGUCCUGCCCAGUGUUGUUUGUAAAUAAGAGAUUUGGAGCACUCUGAGUUUACCAUUUGUAAUAAAGUAUAUAAUUUUUUUAUGUUUUGUUUCUGAAAAAAAUUCCAGAAAGGAUAUUUAAGAAAAUACAAUAAAAUAUUGGAAAAAGUAAUCCCUAACCUCUUUUUCUGCAUCGUCUAUAGGUGACCUAGGUAGGUGAGCUGGAAAGAGUUAAA